GAGAGAGAGAAGAAAGAAAGAAAGAAAGAGCAAGAGAGAGGGAGAAAGAGAGAGAGCAAGAGGGAGAGAGACUGCAUUUGUAGAGACAAUUCAUGCAAGUAACACUGAAAUCAGGGGACUUUUUUACCUGAAAAAAGAAAUAAGGACCAGGGGUCACAAAUGGAGAUUAGAUAAAGGGGCAUUCAGAACAGAAAAUAGGAGGCACUUUUUUACACAGAGAGUCGUGAGGGUCUGGAACCAACUCCCCAGUAAUGUUGUUGAAGCUGACACCCUGGGAUCCUUCAAGAAGCUGCUUGAUGAGAUUCUGGGAUAAAUAAGCUACUAACAACCAAACGAGCAAGAUGGGCUGAAUGGGGCCUCCUCUCGUUUGGAAACUUUCUUAUGUUGUUAUGUUCUAAAUCCAACUUUAAAUAAGUCCAGACGCACAUCAUACUAAGUCCUAUUACAGUAGAUUUUUGUUAACUACAGAAAGAACAUUUCUUUUGAAAAUGCCUGUUCCUUAUUCUGGGUAAAUGAAAAUGCAUGGAUGCAAUUCACUGGAAUGCAUUGUACGUGUGUAAUUCUUAAACCUCUCCAGGACCGUGACUGAUUGGACACCAGUAGACUCUCCCAGAUGUGGGGCCCACCUCGCUUCAUGACUGGAGUGGCGUUGCCUGUUUAAGAGAACAGGUGUAGUCUCUCCCUGCCAGAGGAAUAGAACCGGUUUGUCUUCUCCAAACCACCGCCCUGUUGAAUGGAAGAGACCGGAAACCUGCGGAAUAGAAACACAGUCCGCGGGGGAACAGGGGCAGCGGACCUACCUUCAAAUACAAGACUUGCGCUCGGAAUCUGAAAUUCAGAGAGACACCCAGCCUACAGAUUACCUCCAAACCACACACACGCACACACACACACACACACACACACAGAGUGCAGACAACACUGACAGAACAAAAACAGACGCACUCCCCACAGUGACAGAAUGCUCUGAGGAGAAGAGAACGACGCGGUGGCAGUGAUGCGACUGGCACAGAGAUGACAGCCUUCCUCCUCCCUGCUUUCGUUCUAAUCAGCGUCGUCUCCUCUCAGUUCCCGGUGGAGAUCUCUUUCCCCUCGGAGGUGGUGCAGGUCCGGACGGGGCAGAUUUCUCUCCUGGCUGUGAAGACCCUGUCCCUCUCCGAGGUGCUGACUGUGUCCUGGGCCUCCCCAUCGGGGCAGACCCUGGGGGUGUGGGUCGGGGGGCAGGUGAGCCCGGUUCUGAACGAGAUCGAGCAGUACCGCGGCCGGCUCAACAUCGCCGGGGAUUUCUCGCUGCGGCUGAAGGAUGCCGCGAGAGCCGAUGAGGGGGGGUACACCAUCACCGUGGACCCCAAAGCCAGCACUGGAGUGACCAAGAACAGCAGGGUGAUCCGGCUGGAGGUGUUCGAUCCCAUCCAGGACGUCUCUAUUUCCUCCCCCUCUCCGAUCCUCCAAGGGGACAACGUCACUCUCACCUGCCGCUGGUCCCAGGGGACGAAGCCUCAGGUGACCUGGGGACUGGGUGGGGCCGGGCUGACCCCCGACCCCCACGUCGCGAUCUCCGGCAGCGUGCUGAGGAUCUCCAGGGUGGGCCGAGAAGACGCCGGGAACUACACGUGCAGAGUGACCAACGCCGUGAGCGCAGGAACGGGCUGGACCGCCCUCGACGUCAGCUACGGGCCGGACCUCCCUUCGGUCAGCCGGGCGCUCCUCUCCGAUUGCGUGAGCGAGGGCGACGUCGUGGAAGGCAGAGCCGUCAGCCUGUCCUGCGUCUCCGUCUCCAACCCUCCCGCCCGCUUCUCCUGGGCGCUCAACGGCCGCCCCGUCUCCUCGGGGAACGCCACGCUGUUCAUCCCAGCGGCGUCCCUCGAUCAGGGGGGACAGUACACCUGCACGGCCUCCAACGCGGUCACGGGGAGAUCGGCCACCGCCUCCACGGCAGUCAACGUUGUCGGGCACUGUCUCAGCGGUGGCACGAUAGCUGGCAUUGUGAUUGGCUGUGUCGUCGGACUGCUCCUGCUCCUCCUGCUGGUCCUACUGCUGCUGAGGUGGAGAAAAGGAGACCACUGGCUGAAGGAGAAACUUAAACGAACAAAACCCAAACCUACCUUGACUCCACUCCCCAGGCCUCACGGGAGUGCGAACAUGCCUCCUCUCCCCCCUCCGGUUCUCACGCGCUCAGAGGCGCCCCCUGUGGCAGCCCCGCCUCCCUACAGGAGCCCCUGGUCCCAGUCUCGUGGGGGUGUGAACGAGCUCCCUCCCCCGGUUCACCAGACCGCUCGGAGCUCAGCGGCGCCCCGUGUGGACCACACCCCUUCCUACGGACCCCCCAGAUCCCAUCGUCGUCACUGUGUGAACAACCCCCCCACCACUCCCCCUGUUCACAGGACCGCUCGGAGCUCAGCGGCGCCCCCUCUGGCGCUCCCCCCUUCCUACAGGAGCCCCAGGUCCCACCGCCGUGGGGGUGUGAACGAGCUCCCUCCCCCGGUUCACCGGACCGCUCGGAGCUCAGCGGCGCCCCGUGUGGACCACACCCCAUCCUACAGACCCCCCAGAACCCAUCGUCAUCACGGUGUGAACGACCCCCCCACCCCUCCCCCUGUUCACAGGACCGCUCGGAGCUCAGCGGCGCCCCCUCUGGCGCUCCCCCCUUCCUACAGGAGCCCCAGGUCCCACCGCCCCCCGCAGGCAGCACACCCCCCUGCAGGAGGGCAUGACCAGGCAGUUUGAACCAUGGAGCCCGAUGGAGAGCAACGACCUUUAUAUAGAGUCACUUCUUACAGUGGUGAUCUCAAAAGAAUGCCGCUACUCUGAACAGUUUUCACUUCUCAACAAAAUAUUUUUGAUUCAGUGUAUGAAUAAAAAUUUCUAUAAAUUAAUGUAUUUAAUCCAUUCAUAAAACUAAUUUUUAAGAUGUAUAUGGAGAGAAAUAU